UUAAUAAAAACGGAUAAGACAUUUUCUACUGACACCAGGUGCAAACCUCCUAACCAAAGAUAUGUAACGACACUUUGAUCAACGAUGGACAUUCGACGCUCGUGGUCGAUCGCCAUGACUGCACAACCAUUAAGGAAACCCCUGUAUCAUGCUGGCAAUCACGUCAAAACACCUGCUUCUUGCAGAAGGUCCAAUUUGGGGGUACAUAGAGUGCACCUACUCUCCGUCAAAGAGCACCCUGAGUGAUCAAAUCAACGCUAAGAACUUCAAACAUUCCUCCAUUAGCCAAAACAAGCCAAGAAUAAACAUAAACAGAGACCUGUAUACCCAAUUAACCAUUCCUGAGCUCUGAGAGACCCACUUUCUAUUAGUCAACUUGCCACACCCAUCAAACAAGCCUGAGAUCCUCAAAGUCAUCAUAGUUGCAGCAAACUCUGUCAACACGCCAUCGGUACAGCGUGUCACUGUGCACUAGAGUUAGUCAAAACUCUAACAGGAGGCAAGGAAGAGUCAUGAUCAGCGUGGCCAGGAGUCCUCCAGAGCCAUGAGCGAGUAACGCAGUCGGGGAGCAUCAGACACGUGGUCCACCAUGUUGAACGUAAUGGCAGCGGUGACGACAAGCCUACCCAGCCGAGUGGACCCAACCCCGACGUCUUCCAGCAACACCAGCACCCCAUCGAGCACCGCGGCCAACAACGUGACCUCGGUCCCAGUGGGGAACCCCACGGUCGAGAACCUUUCCGAGAACGUGAACGUGUUCGUGGUAGUGAUCAAGGGCAUCAUCAUGGGCAGCAUCAUCACGACAGCAGUGCUGGGCAAUGCACUGGUGAUAGCCAGCGUUAGAAGACACAGAAGGUUGCGCGUGGUGACGAACUGUUACGUGGUCAGCCUGGCAGCGGCUGAUCUCUUGGUGGCCAUGUGCGCGAUGACGUUCAAUGCCUCGGCUGAGUUGUCCGGGGGAAAGUGGUUGUUCGGUCGGUUCAUGUGUGACGUGUGGAACUCGUUGGACGUUUACUUCUCCACCGCCUCGAUACUCCACUUGUGCUGCAUCAGCGUGGACAGGUAUUACGCCAUCGUCAGCCCGCUCGAGUACACGGUGAUCAUGAGACAGGGCACGGUGGGGUGCAUGCUGGGUAGCGCGUGGAUCUUGCCGGCCCUUAUCAGCUUCAUACCGAUCUUCUUGGGCUGGUACACUACGCAGGAGCAUAUGGACUACAUGGUGAAGAAUCCACAGGUCUGCUCCUUUGUAGUGAAUCGGGCCUACGCCGUGAUCAGCUCGUGCGUCUCCUUCUGGAUCCCAGGCCUGGUGAUGAUAGUGAUGUACUGCAAGAUCUACAAGGAGGCGGUGAGACAGAGGAAGGCGCUCAGCAGGACGUCCAGCAACAUCGUGCUGAACAGCGUGCAUCAUCACAGGUCCUCGACCAGGCAACACCACCAUCAGCAGAUGCUUCUUCAAGCGGCCGCCGAAACCGGUCUUGUUCAGGUACUUUGUCUUCAUGGAGGAAGGUUCCGAUAUUGUUCGGCUGGCGAAGGAGGUAUAUCGGUUUUCUUUUCGCAAACUUCGCUCCGUUGUCAAAGUUUUAAACGAUUAUUACGCGUGAAAUCUAAAAAGAAUUUCCAGAAAUCGAAUAUCGAAUGCGCGAUUUAUUGA